AUGAACGAUUAUGAGGCCCAUCUUAGCAGCUAUGAUCACACACACAAACAGCGCCUGAAGGAUAUGAAAGCAAUGGUCAAAGACCCCAGCGCCGGCGCCCGCGCUCGGAAGGCAGAAGCGAAAGCCGAUGGCCUUGUGAGUCUAAAAGUAUUUGAAGGCGAAGCCACGAAUAAUGCCGGGGGUGGCUUCAAGAAGGGCGGUUUUAGGAAGUCGGGAUUUAAAUCUACAUCCGACUCCGCCACGAUUGCAGUAACCCAAGCCACCGGGAGCACCGACCAGCUUUCUCUCACUACAAAAUCCUCUAUCAGCUGUGUGCCAACAACCGCCUUCGAAAGGGCCACCCGAGAGCUCGAGGUCUUGGGAGAGUCCGAUCCGGAUGAGGAUGGUUACGGAAUAUAUGACCCGAGGAGGCCAACUGAUUAA